GUGUGCCUGCCGCCGCCCCUCCCCCACUUCCGCCUCCCGCCUCUUCCUCGUUCCCGGCUCCCAGGGCCCGUCCGUCCCCGGGGAGACCCGGCGCAGCCCCACCCCGGCCGGCGCGGCUUGCUCUCACGCCCCCGCCGCCGUCUUGCCGGAGCGGACAGACUGAGUCAGCGGGGGCGCCGGGCGCGGCAGGAGCUGACAUGGACCCAAAUCCUCGGGCAACCCUGGAGCGCCAGCAGCUCCGCCUUCGGGAGCGGCAGAAAUUCUUCGAGGACAUUUUACAGCCAGAGACCGAGUUUGUCUUCCCCCUAUCCCACCUGCAUCUCGAGUCGCAGAGACCCCCCAUAGGUAGUAUCUCAUCCAUGGAAGUGAAUGUGGACACGCUGGAGCAAGUGGAACUUAUUGACCUUGGAGAUCAGGACGGAGCAGACGUGUUCUUGCCUUGUGAAGAUCCUCCGCCCACCCCCCAGACGUCUGGGGUGGACGACCAUUCAGAGGAGCUGAGCCUGCCACUGCCCAUGCUAGACAGGACCGCAUCCCGCACCUCUUCUUCAUCCUCUGACUCAUCCACCAACCUGCACAGCCCCAAUCCCAGUGACGGCGGAGCAGACACGCCCUUGGCACAGUCUGACGAAGAGGAGGGUGGGGGUGAUGAAGGGGCAGAGCCUGGAGCCUGUAGCUAGCGGUGGCUCUCCACCUACAGACUGACUGAGCUGGCUUUUCUUCCAUGAGACCCGAGGCUCCCCCAGAGCCCUUCAGAGAAGACCAGACUCUUUACAUGCAGUAGGCACCAGAGGGAGGAAGGGAGGGUGGGAUGGUGCACCUCUCUGAGAACGAACCAUCCCCUGCUUUACUGCUAACCUUCUCCUACUGCAAGCCGCCCACCAGUCUUUGGCUUUCUCCUGACGUAGGGCUUGCAAGCGAGGAGAUGAAAGAAGAGGUAGGAUAAGAUGCCACUGCUUUUCUUAGCACUCCUCCCUCCCCCAGACUAUCCUGCAGCCUUCUGAUAGAGUCUCCUAAACCAGUGUCUCUAAGUGGCCAUGAACUCCUUAGCACUCCCAGUGGGUGGGUACUCCAGCCAUCCUGCUUUCUUACGUCCUGUUUUGGAACAGGGCACGGUAUAAAUAAUAAACAAAUAAUAAUAUACCAAC